UGCGGAGUUUCGUAACACUGUGUAUUGGGUAAGGCGUGGGGUCAACGGCAACGAGAUAAGCUAGACGGGGCUGUAGGCAGAUAAGCGAAGCGUGACUCGGCCGACGCAAUGAGAGGAACCAGAGCCAGUGCAACGCGAGUCGCAUCCAAAGAUAGAACAACAUGCUGCUGCUGCUGUUUGCGUUGAGCGUCGGCGCGCUGGCGCUCGGCCCAGAGUCGUCAUCUGCGGCCUUUGUCGUCACGGCGCAGCGCGACCUCAACCUGCGCCCCGUGAUCGGGGUGCUGUCGCAGGAGCUGUCCAGCUCGCUCGAGUCCGUGUGGGGCGAGUUAAACUACACCAGCUUCGUCGCCGCAUCCUACGUCAAAUUCCUCGAGGCCGCCGGCGCCAGGGUCGUCCCUGUCAAGAUCAACCGUGAUCUCUCCUACUACCAGCAGCUCAUCCAUUCAAUCAACGGAUUGCUGAUUCCGGGUGGUGCCAAUUUCUACAACACGUCGGGCUAUGGCCAAGCCGGCGAAAUCAUGUACAACCUGGCCGUCGAACUGAAUCGCCAGGGCGACUACUUCCCUGUGUGGGGCACCUGCCUGGGCUUCGAGCUGCUCGUCUAUCUGAUGGCGGGGAAGGACGACCCGCGGAUCGUGUGUGAUGCCUGGGACAAAGCCGACCCGCUCGACUUUGAACCAGGAUUCAACCAGAGCAAAUUGUUUGCACCCGCCCUGCCAGCCGUCGUGAACAUCCUGGCCAAUGAAGCGGUCACCGCCAAUUUCCAUCGGUAUUGUGUCACGAAAGAGCUGAUGAGUUCGGCCAAUAUAGUUGACGACAUCGCAAUUCUGGCGACAAGCGUGGACCACGAGGGUCUGCGCUACGUCUCGGCCUUUGAAUCACGCACCAUGCCCAUUUACGCGGUGCAGUUUCACCCUGAAAAGCCAGCCUUCGAAUGGAACACCAGGGAGAAGAACAUCCCGCACACGCCAAACUCCAUCUCCGUCUCGUCUUACUUUGCCCAGUUCUUCGUCAAUGAAGCUCGCAAGAGUUUGCAUCAGUUCACCAGCUUAGACGAUGAGAGGAGCAGCUUGAUCUACAACUACGCGCCGACCUUCACCGGCGCUGCUAACAAGACUUAUGAGCAAUGCUAUUUUUUCACUGACUAACCCUUUCUGAAUAUUAAGUAUUAAAACCGCAAUGUAA